GGUAUUGGUUACCUGAGGCCGGCUACAAUCGGCCGGAGCCCCACUAUCGUCCCCCGUUAUCGCACCGAGGCCCGUGUGACUCGGUGAACAAAGGAAAGCCGCAUUAUGAAUUUAUGACAACAACUUUUCGACCACGAGUCUACGUUUUUCGGGUCUCUUAGGUAAUCAUUAGUUUUGAAGCCUGUAAUUAAUAUAUCUUGUACUCUAGAACUCUUGCUCCUGGACAUAAUGCCGAGGCUUAGCUGCAAUCCCUAUCGCACCCUCUCCUCGUCGUUGUUACUUGUUCGUUCGGCUCGACGCUUUGUACCGGCUUCUGGAAAGUACUUGUUCUCUACUAGUUCCCGGCACCGUCAGUCUCCAAGUAUCGCAGGCGAGAUGCUGGUGGAGAAGAAGGAUCCUGCUGCUGGCCAGCAGGCCCGCGAGCGACUGACGAUCGAUGGCAUCAAGGAGCGGAGGACAAGGGCAGGCAAGCUAUAUGCUCCUACGGCGUCUUAUUCGGAUAGUGACAUGUUUAAAUCUCCUCAAGCACACGAUAAGCCCAAAGCAAAACGAUGGGAUCACCGUCUCAGCCAAGAGUCCAUCGCCCGGGAAGCCUGCGUGCUCAAGCUAGCGGCCAAGCACCUCAAGAAGCCCGGGCUCAUCUCCCUCGGCGGCGGACUGCCGUCGGCGGAGAACUUCCCCAUCGACUCCCUGAGCAUGCACGUGCCUACACCGCCGAACUUUACCGAAGCAGAGACGGCCUUGUCGGGCCAGGACGUCAGGAUAGGCAAGUAUGAUGUUGCGAAUAACGAGAAUGGCGGCGUGUACGAUCUGUCUAUCGCCAUGAACUACGGCCAAUCUAUUGGUUCCGCUCAGCUGUUACGUUGGGUCACCGAGCACACGGAGCUUGUCCACCGCGGCCUGCCGUACUCGGACUGGCGAUGUGCCUUGACCAUCGGCAGCACGGGGGCUCUCGAGCAGGCGUUGAGAAUGUUCUGCGAUCGCGCGAGGGGAGACUCGAUACUCACGGAAGAAUACAGUUUUUCCACGGCUCUCGAGACGACCGCCCCAUUAGGCAUCCAGGUAUUUGGCGUGCGUAUGGACGGACAAGGUCUGCUACCCGAGAGCAUGGACGAGAUACUAUCGUCCUGGGACGAGGAAUCCAGAGGCGCCAGGAAACCCACCUUGUUAUACACGGUGCCCUCGGGGCAAAACCCCACCGGCGCAACGCAGAGCGAACAGCGCCGCCGGGAUAUCUACGCCGUGUGCCAAAAACACGACGUCUAUAUCCUCGAGGACGAGCCGUAUUACUUCCUGCAGAUGCAGCCGUACACCGGGCCCAGCACCCCCGCCGUCCCGCCCCCGACUACCGUCGACGAAUUCCUCGACAACCUAGUCCCUAGUCUACUCAGCAUGGACGUAGACGGGCGAGUGAUGCGCUUAGACUCGUUUAGCAAGGUGGUUGUCCCGGGGUCGCGGGUCGGCUGGAUUACCGCCAGCGAGCAGAUCGUCGAGAGGUACAUCCGACAUGCGGAGUGCUGCAGCCAGGGCCCCAGCGGGCUCGCUCAGAUCCUCAUGUACAAGCUCGUGGACGAGACGUGGGGGCACGAGGGAUAUCUGAGAUGGCUGAUGCACAUGCGGCUCGAGUACACGCGGCGAAGGGACACCAUCCUAGCUGCGUGCGAGAAGCAUCUGCCUCGCGAUAUCGUGAGUUGGGUUCCGCCGGCUGCGGGUAUGUUUCUCUGGCUCAAAGUCGACCACACGCAACACCCGCAAGCCUCCACCAAAUCCAUCCUCGAAAUCGAAGAGGAAAUCUUCAACUCGUGCAUCGACAAGGGCGUCCUCGCCAUCCGCGGGUCUUGGUUCCGCGCCGAGCGCGACCAGCCUCCCAGCGGCCUAUUCUUCCGCACCACAUUCGCCGCCGCCUCCGAGGCCGCCAUGGACGCCGCCAUCGAACGCUUCGGCGCUGCCGUGCGCGAGAGCUUUUCUACCGCUAACGGCCACUAGGUAGGGAAAUUGCACUUGCUUGUGCUCGGGAAGAUUACUUAUUUACUAGUUGGAGUUGGAGUUGGAGUUGGAGUUGGAGCCGUGAUACUUACCCCCUUAGCCGUGUAAUUACAUAUACAUACACCCACCUACAUAAAUAGCUAUCCCAUCAGCCUAGAGGCUUAUAUCUGUUAGCUUGGCUGUUAGACCCUUAGAAAGAGUUAGGCGGUAGCAUAGCAUACAGGCCUUGUGAAAAAAAAAAAAAAAUUUUGAGCCGCAUAGGAUUCGCAUAGAUAGGACAUGGAUGGACGAGAACGGAAGACCUCUAGCUGGCUCUAGCUCAUGCAUGUUCUACAUACCGGCGAAUCAGACACGGGUGGCUUGUAUGACGUGUGGGCUGCUGCGGUGUAAAAGAUCCAAUAUAUCGAAUUAACCUGUAUGGUCGGGCGCUUCGUCGAUGCCUAGCUGAUGUGUAACGAGUAAGCG